CACAUCUCCCAGUAAUGUGUUUUCAGUAUCAGUAAAAUUAUAAAACGUCCACCCAAAGGCCAUUCCCUUUACACUUCUCUUGCUCUCUCUCUCUCAGGUCCAUGGCUUCUGUAGAAGAGACAGGAAACAUGGACUCCACUACUCUCCCUCCCCCGUGCACCACCUCAACCUACCGCCACCUCAAGCCCUCCCCCCUCGUUGCCUUCAACGCCGUCCUCAUGCUCGUUGGCUCCGGCGGUGGUUCCCUCCUCCUCCGCCUCUACUUUGUUCGCGGCGGCCACCGCAUGUGGCUCUCCACCUUCCUCCAGGUCGCCGCCUGGCCCAUCCUCCUCCUCCCCCUCUACCUCUCCCGCCUCUUCCUUCCAACCACCACCACCCCUCGCCGCCACCACCUCCUCCUCCCGCUCCCCCUCGCCGCCGCCUCCGCGUUCCUCGGCCUCCUCAUCGCCCUCGACUGCUACCUCUACGCCUACGGCUCCUCCUGCCUCCCUCUCUCCACCUCCUCCCUCCUCAUCGCCUCCCAGCUCGCCUUCACCGCCGUCUUCUCCUUCCUCAUCGUGCGGCAGCGCUUCACCGCCUUCUCCCUCAACGCCGUCGUGCUGCUCACCCUCGGCCCGGUGGUCCUCAGCCUUGGGGCGGCCGGCGACCGGCCGGAGGGGGAGGCGAUGUCCAAGUACUACGUGGGUUUCUUCAUGUCCAUCGCGGCGGCGGCGCUGAUCGGGCUGGUGCUGCCGCUGGUGGAGCUGGCGUACAGGCGGAUGAGCACGGAGGAGAUGACCUACGCCACGGUCAUCGUGACGCAGAUCGUGAUGGGGGCUUCUGGGAGUGUCUUCUGCCUCCUUGGUAUGCUCAUCAAUAAAGAUUUCCAGGCCAUUCCAAAGGAGGCAAAGGAUUUUGAGCUUGGCGAGCUGAAAUACUACAUGGUGCUUAUUUGGAAUGCUAUUUGUUGGCAAAUCAUCAAUGUUGGGAUGGUAGGUGUCAUAUUUACUGCCUCCUCACUAUUUUGUGGCGUUAUGAUAGCAAUCCUCGUUCCUGUUGGAGAGAUACUGGCGGUCAUCUUUUUAAAUGAGAAGUUCAACGGUAGCAAAGGUGUUGCCUUAGCCCUCUGCCUUUGGGGUUUUGCUUCAUAUAUGUACGGUGAAAUGAAGCAAAGCAAGAAACAAAAGCAACCUUCGAGUGUGGAACUUCCCCGUCCUAAAACAUGAAAACAUUAUCGUAUUAGUGGUUUGUCAUUUUAAAGAUACACAAAAGCUCUGCUGUUAUUAUAAUUUUACAAUCAGAAAUCUAAUGUCUACAUUACUCAUCUAUUUUCAACCAAGGUUGGUCGGGUAGGGUUCCUUUCAAGCUUUUGCUACAAAAUGUAUCCAUUUAAAUUGGAAGGUUUUGAUCAUUCCAAGUAUUUUUCAUUGGUUACUCUUGCUUA